CUUUCACAAACAACUAUUUGUGUUACUCAUCCUCGUAUCAUACAAAAUAUUUGUAGUUUUCUUUUGAUACAGCUUAAAAAGGUCCGAAGCAAACAUGUUUUCCACAAAUCCGAACUACACCAAACUGAAAACUCACCUGCGGCUUUCGAUAAAUCGUCUCAAAUUGUUGGAAAAGAAGAAAACCGAGCUGGCGCAGAAGGCUCGCAGGGAAAUUGCUGAAUAUAUUGCUGCGGGAAAGAGCGAACGGGCCAAGAUCCGUGUGGAACACAUUAUUAGAGAAGAUUACAUGGUAGAAGCAAUGGAGAUAGUAGAGAUGUAUUGUGACUUGAUCCUGGCGCGCUUCGGGCUGGUGACACAGAUGAAGGAACUAGAUGAAGGGCUAGCUGAGGCCAUUUCCACUCUCAUUUGGGUUGCACCACGGAUGCACACUGAUGUCCAGGAACUUAAAAUUAUAUCCGACUUGUUGACGGCCAAGUAUGGCAAAAUAUAUGCGGAUGCAUGCAGAAAUGAAAGCGUAAACACAAUCAGUGAGAAGCUGAAACACAAGCUGUCAGUUCAGAGCCCUCCCAAGAUACUGGUGGAGCGGUACCUUAUAGAGAUAGCUAAGAAUUACAAUGUGGAGUACACUCCGGAUGAGCAAGUGAUGAGGGAAGAAGAAGGGCGAGAUGCGAUGCUGAUCGACAUCAACGGCCCGCCCAUGCCGUCAGGGUUCAUCGGCUUCCCACAGCUGCCGCAGAUGCCUAAUCUGCCUCCGCCUACUGUCACACCUUUUAGUUAUCCUUCUGGUCCAUCUGGCGGCAAAGCGGGCGGGUUCAUCGCGUCGCCGCCCGGUCCGAGCCACCCGCCCAUGGGCUACAAUCUGCCUCCCGGCGUUGAAUCAAAGGACCUUAGCAACAGCUUCCUACAGGAAGAGAUGCACAACCUACCUCCUGCUUACGACAGCAUUAAUCAUGAUUUGCCCAGCCACGUGCCCAGCCCGCCGCCGCCCACGGCGCCGACGCCGCAGCCGCGGCGCGCCCCCCCCCCCUCCAGCUACCCCGAGCUGCCCGAGCUGCCGUCCGUGCCGUCCGACAUCCCCGCGCCGCCCGCCGCCCGCCCCGCCGGGAAUGAUUCUGGUGCCCCCGACGAUAUCGACUUUGACGACUUGAACAGGCGCUUUGAGGAGUUGAAGAAGAAGAAGUAGUUUGCGGGUACAAGUUGACGUUGUUUAGUUAGGACUGAAGAAAUUGAGAUUCAUCGCUUUAUCUAAAUAAUUCACGUAGUUAAGCGAAGUCAUUGCGCUAAAGGGUCGUACGCGUAAGUUGGGAUCGCGGCUCUCUUGUGUAAGUACCAAAGCUAAGGGCCGCUUCAGACGGAUUCGAUCCAACUCGACUGCAACUUAUCAGUCUUGUGCUGUCGGCGUGCAGUUCCCAUACAAAUUGCAGUCGGGUUGCAGUCCGUCUCAAAGCUGCUUGAGCUAUAAAGCCAAAUUUUCUUAUUAAAGCCUUAUACGGUUAAAGUACUUCUUCGGUACUAAUCUGAGUGAUAAAAUCAAUACUUCCAACUAUUGCUCACGAUAAUGACAACAGGGUAUGAUCCUUACAGCGAAUGCUAGCUCCUGGUUAUAUGCAUAUAGAACUCAAGCAAUGUUAACAAUAAUCUCAUUUGACUAUAACAGUUAUGAGCAAUGUACUGUAAAAUGUAAUUUGGAGGGGCGUUAUCAUAAUAUCAUAGCUUUCUUAAGCGUUUGUAUAAAUAUUAUCUAAAUAUAU